GCCCUCAUCUCCUGGUGUUGGGUUGCAGGGGCUCAACACAAUGAGGAAAGACUGAAGCUUAUACACACAGAGGAAAGAUUUCUCACAUCUGCACACUUUUCAGAGCCGUACACUUCCGAUCUUUCUCUUCCAGCAGCCAUGACGAUGCACGUCGUGAUGUUGAUGCUGCUGUCCGCAUGCCUCCUUCUGUCCUCCGCGCUUCCUUUUCAGCAGAGAGCAUUCUGGGAUUUUGGGGAAGAUACUGACAUCAGAGAUCUGAUGACAAUGAUGAAGGACCAGGAGGAAGGCUCAGGGUUUGAGGACGUCCAUCUGCCUGGGAUUCCAACGUGUCCAUUUGGGUGUGUGUGUCACCUGAAGGUGGUGCAGUGCUCUGAUCUUGGUUUGAUUUAUGUGCCAUCCAACAUCCCACCUGAUACGCUGCUGUUGGACCUGCAGUGCAACGGCAUCACAGAGAUCAGAGAGGGAGAUUUCAAAGGCCUCAGUAACCUCUAUGCACUAAUUUUGAGGAGUAAUCUGAUCUCUCAAGUUCACCCACAUGCCUUCCUGCCCUUGAAGCGCUUGGAGAAGCUCUACAUUUCCCAUAACCUUCUCACAUCCAUCCCUCGCAACCUACCUGCAUCCCUUGUUGAACUCCGUAUCCAUGACAACCGCAUCCGCAAAGUAGCAGCAGGGACCUUCAGUGCUCUGGGGAACAUGCAUGUGAUUGAAAUGGGCCGUAAUCCAAUCCACAACAGUGGAUUUGAGCCAGGAGCAUUCAAAGGUCUCAAACUGAACUAUCUCCGAAUCUCCGAAGCAAAACUCAGUGGUGUACCAAAAGAUUUGCCAGCAAGUCUCCACGAGCUCCAUUUGGACCAUAAUGAGAUUCAGGCAAUUGAGCUGGAGGACCUAAGCCGAUACAAGCAGCUGCAGAGGCUUGGACUUGGGUCGAAUCAUAUCCUGCAUAUUGAACAUGGUGCGCUUUCUUAUCUUAACAACCUCAGGGAGCUUCAUCUGGACCACAACCGACUCUCUAACAUACCCAGUGGCCUGGCCAACAUGAAAUACCUGCAGGUGAUCUAUCUUCAUUCCAAUAACAUUACCUCAGUGAAGGUGAAUGAUUUUUGUCCAACGGGUUUCGGGGUCAAGAAGGUCUUCUACAACGGCAUCAGUCUGUUCGGGAACCCCAUUGAAUUUUGGGAAAUCCAGCCUGCUACAUUACGCUGCGUCACUGACAGCAUGGCUGUGCAGCUCGGAAACGGAAACAAUAAGAAAUAAAUACCCAGGAC